UGUGGCCACAAUGACCACCUCGCCACUCGCUUGUAACCUACUUGCAAACUAUCGUCUCAUAGCAGCUGCCUACCGAAGCUUAGUGGAAUCCUGCAGUCGCUUAAGUCUCACCUGGCAAAGACAUGGCAAAAACGCAGCUUUUUGCAGCCCUUCUUGUUAGCGGUUUCAUGACACUUUUCAAACGUAUACAUGGCGGCUACGGUGAUGUCAUCAUUGCGACUCCGGAGAUGAGGAAGUUUGUAGGCACAAGAGAACCUAUAUGGACGUACAGUGAUACAGGUAAAAGUCUUGUGCGAUGCAAGGUGGACAUAACAAGCACAAUGAAUAACAGAGCAGUAUUAUUCAGAAGAAUGUACUCCUAUGAGGGACAAAAAUAUUCUGCCAAUCAAUGGGGAGUCUUCGAUAAAAUUUACAAAGAGAGGAUGGUGAUACGACCUGCAGGUCCUAUAUUUUACCAAAUGGAGCAGCUAAUAUUUAUGUCUAAGGACUACAGUUGUGCGGUGGUUAUGACAACGUUGAUCGGUACACACGUCUUCAUAGCUCCCACCCGCUGGUACGAGCUUCGAGUGCGGAACUCUUCCAUUGUGACGGGACCCCACGAGGAGUGCUUGCAAGAAUUCAAGGACGUGGCGUACCCAAGGCGCAUUGUCUAUACACCAGAUUGCCAGAGAAUUGCUCUGUUGGACAAUGUAAAAUGGUAAUAAAAGUUGUACGGCGCAUGGCGGAGGCCAAAUGGCAGCCCACGGCUG